GACGGGCCAGCCGUUGUCGGCCCCCCCACCACAACACACAUCCCCACUCGCACGCACACACGUCACCCGUGGCCAGCGCAAAGCCUUUUUCGGAUUGUUGGCCGUCCAUACAGAGCUCGGUACCGCUGCGAAGAGCUCGUAAGUGAUUGAUAAGGACGUCUGCCCCAGGAUCCAAGAUGAAUAAACUCCUGGUGAUAGCCACCCUAUCAAUGGUGGCAUGCGUGGCGCUGGGCGACAUGAUGCGCAAAAGCAUCGUGUUCGACGCCAGCACGCCCAAGGUGUUCUACUGCCCGCAAGAGAAGCCGCGCGCCCUGGACAAGAUGAUCGUCAAGGCGAGGCCCGUCGAGAAGCUGUGCGAGUUCGAGGGCAAGGGCCUGCCCAAGGGCUACAAGUCCGACUGCUACAACGACGUCGACGAGUCCGAGUACGCAUGCGCCGAGAAGCAGCGCAUCCUGCUCCGGAUCAACCCUCCCAACGAAACGGACACGACCACCACGGAGCCAGCGACUACGGCUAAGCCCUCCAAGAAGAGCAAGUCCUUCAAGGUCCCCAAGAACUGAGCGCCUUCAAAACCGGGUGGAACCGGCGAAACGCUUCAAUGGCAGCUAUUUUGAAUAUGUUGAGAGCGUUUUAUGGACUGUUUUCAGCGCGGGAGACGCUGAAAAUAACGAAUUUGUUUUUAUUUUUUUAUUAAUAUACAUUAUGCUCACUGUGCUUGUUGACGAGCAAUUCUCUUUUUCACAAAACGUUGAGGUGACGCUGUUGUGCAGACAACUUUCCGCAGACAGCUCAAUCCGCAGACAGCUUUGAGAAUCAAUAAUCAUUGGCACUCGCCAGACCGGGUCACGGGGUUCUUACUAGGCCAAAAUGUCAGCGCCCAUCAAGUUCAGUAGGUAAUGCAAAAACUUGCAUAAGCCUAGUAGGUCGUUUCGCAGGGCUGGAAAUAAACGCGCCUACAGGGAAGUGUGGGAACAAACAACGUUUAUAAUUUGCCGUCUAACUAAGGGGGCCCCAGUAUACGGAAGUCUUCGGAAAACUGCGAGGGCUGCACAUAAUGGUUCUACACAAGGACGUCAGGACUUACCGUUCGAAUCAGAGCAGUUCGGAAUGAAAUAGCAACUUCACAAUAAAGAAAAAGCUUUUUGUAAACGUC